CAGGGUCUCGCUCUGUUGCACGGGCUGGAGUGCAAUGGCAUGAUCUCACCUCACUGCAACCUCUGCCUCCUGGGUUCAUGCAAUUCUCAUGCCUCAGCCUCCCGAGUAGCUAGGAUUACAGGCAUGUGCCACUAUGCCCAGCUAAUUUUUGUGUUUUUAGUAGAGACAAGGUUUCACCAUGUUGGCCAGGCUGGUCUCGAACCCCUUGCCUCAAGUGAUCCACCUGCCUUGGCCUCCCAAAGUUCUGGGAUUACAGGCGUGAGACACUGUCCCUAGCCAUGCCCACACUUUUAAACAACCAGAUCUAGUGAGAACUCUAUCACAAGACAGCACCAGGGGGAUGGUGCUAAACCAUUAGAAAAAAACCCAUGAUCCAAUCUCACCAGGCCCCACCUCCACACUGGGGAUUUCAAUUUGACAUGAAAUUUGGGAAAGGACACAGAUCCAAACCAUAUCAUGUGGGUAUUUUAUUUAUAACUUAUAUGUAUGACACAUACACAUUAUAUAUGUUAUGUAUAUGGCAUACACAUUAUAUAUAUGUAAAAUGUGGCAUUUACAAAAUAUUUCAUAAUAAAAAUUAAUGAAAUUCACACAUUAAGCACAUUUUGGGGACCCUUCUUAUUUACUAGUCUCAUAAUCCUAUCCAAAGAGGAAAUAAAGUUGGCUUGGCAGGAGUUGUUCUUCAUUAUGGUCUCUUUCAUCUUUUCUUUUUUCUAUUCUUUUAACCUCUUCCAAAAACGAUUUAAAGAGGCUUACAAAGCACCAAGAAAAAGUAAAUUCAUAAUAAAUAAAACAAAGCAAAAAGAAAAUACGGUUUCCAAAGCAAGACAGAGCAGGAACCACAUUAGCUCUGGCUUGGAUGUUCUGUUUGCCUUUUCUGAUCCUCUUUCCACCCUUCUCUACCUGUUCUAUGCUCCCUGAAGGGCUCCUGUGUCUCCUGGCUUCUCCUAUAGCUACAGGGCUCACUGGGUUCUGAUAACUGCUCUGUCCCCCUAAUGCUUUGGGCCUAGAGACAGGUAGCACUUCCUGUGAACCAUCCCUUGCUGGCUUCCUUCAUCCUGCCACACCUUUGUAACUUACUCCUUCACUAAGCCCUUCUUACUUCACCCUUUGGAAGGUGCCACAUUUCCCGUCAGGGACCCUGACUGCAAUCACCCACAAAUUGUAUGCCUUAAUUCUAUAUGCCUGCAAGAUGUGGGCCUAAGGUCUUAGAGUCAUUAUCAAGUGGGAGACAAAAUCAGUGAAAGAAUCCCAUCUACCAAGAGAAGCAGACAUACUCCUGAUACCAAAAUGGGCAAGAAAUUUUCUCUGUGGUUUCUCAAAAAGAGGACAUUGUGGUGUAAUAAUCCCAUUCUUUUCUCUUACAAACCAUCUCUAAUACACUCAGGGCUCAGCCCUCAAAUCUCUUCUUAUCCACACUCACUGUUUGAUCUUAUCUAGUCUCACAGCUUUAAAUAUACACAUGCUGAUGACUCCCAGUGUGUGCCUCCGGUCCUGACUUUCCCCUCAAUUCAUUUUCACUAUCUAACUGCCUAUUUUUUGGAUAUCCAACAGGCAUCUCAAGUUCUUUGUAUGUCCAAAACAAAACUUCCAAUGUUUAUUCUGUAAUUCUCUCCUCCCAGUGUGCCCUCAUUUCAGUAGAGGGCCCCAGCAUCAUUUGCCUGGUUGCUCAGGGCAUGUAUGUGUGUGUAUGGGUGGGCAGGAGGAAUGGGGUAGUAAUGAAAGAAACCUGUCAUCCUUUUUUUUCUUUUUUUUUUUUUUAAUAGUGAUGCGGUCUUGCUAUGUUCCCCAGGCUGGUCUUGAACUCCUAGGUUCAAGUGAUCCCCCUGCCUUGGCCUCCCAAAGUGCUGGGAUUAUAGGUGUGAGCCACCAUGGCUGGCCCUGUCAUCCUUGAUACCUUUUUUUCUCACAUUCCACAUCCAACCCAUCUCACACCAUGCUGGCUCAGGUCUUCAAAAUACAUUCAGAAUCUGACCAAUUCUUGUGACCUCCAUCACUACCACUCUAGCUCACACUACUACAGUUUCUCAUUCUACCAUAUUUAUUCCUAACUGGUUUCCCUUCUUCUAUUCUUGCAACGUUCCAGGGUCCCACCUCCAUCAGCCAGUGUAAUCCUUUAAAAAUAUGUCAUAUCAUAUCAUCUCCUGCUCAAAAUCCACUAACUGCUUCCCAUCACACUUAGUCUUCACCAUGGCCUACAGGGCCUUACAUGCACGAACUUGCCCCUGGCACCUUUAUUUUCUAUCACUCUUUCCUCCCUCCCUCUCUCCCUCCUUCCCUCCCUCCCUGCCUCCCUCACCCUCCUUCCAAUCCAGUCAUAACAGCUUCCCUGAUGUUCUGUGAACAAGUCAAGCAUGCUAUUUGAGGCCUCGGGACCUUUGCACUUGUUCCUCUGACUGAAACACUCCUGUUCAGAUAUCUACAUACCUUACUCACUCAUUUAAAUCUAUGUCCAAAUGAUAAACCUUCAGGGAGGUCUUCUCUAAUACCUCCACCAUUGCCUACUUUGCUUCACUUUUCUUCACAGCACUUAUCAGUACCUGAUAUGACAUGAAAUAUGUAGAUACACAUUUAUUUAUUGUCUGUAUUUCCAUUUGGAGUGUAAGCUCUAAGAAAACAGGUUUUUGGUUUUUUUUUUCCUUUCAUCCCAGCAUCCCCAGUGCCUGUGACUUUGGACAGAGCAGGCCCUAGGUAAACGUUUAUUAAAUAAAUGGAUGACUGUUCUAAUUUGUCUAAUUUCUCGAGUCACCCUCAGCCAGAUCCAACAAAUAUUUGAGUCUUAAUUAUGUAAGUGACACUUAGCUAGAUGCUUACAGCUUUAAGAACGUAUAAAACAGCCCCUAACCUGAACUGUGUCCUUUUGGGAGGGUACUGAUUGGGAGAGGGCACAAGGAAACUCCCAGAGUACAGAAAUGUUCUUUAUCUCCAUCUGGGUGGUAGUUACACAGGUGCAUACAUAAGAGCAAAUCUACUGAGCCAUAUUCUUAAGAUAUGUGUAUUUUAUGUUGCACCCCAAUAAAAGUUUUUGUUGUUGGUUUUUUUAAGGUUCUGACGUAUCUAGACACAAAACGAGAUAAUUUCCCAACGUGGCAAGAGCAAUGAUGGAGAUGCACAGCCUGCUUCGUGAGCAGUGAGAAAGUCACCCUCCAGUUAAAAAACGAUGUCUAACCCACGAAAUGAGCUUUUGACUGUAUGUCUCAUUUCCAAAGGAAUGAGAUCAUUGAGUUGGACCCAGAGAAACUGAACUCAGAGAAAAACUUCCAUUAUUGAGAACCCAAAAGCUGAUGGCCAGACAAAAGGAUAAGAGGAAAUGCUGGACCUCCAGUUGCUUGUUAAUUGCUCUGUUUUUCAUAAGGAACUCUGCCUUAAGCUCAUUUUCAUUGACUUAUCAUUUCUGGGUUUGCUCUGGUGUGAAAAUUCUCAUUUAAUUUUUUUUCUUCAGAUUCUGCCUCCAGUUUAGAAAAGAAAAAGUCUAAUUUACAAUUCAUGUCAGACAAUUUUGAUGGCACACUGUGGCCUGUCAGAUAUUUCUUUAGCAUUCUAUUUUUUAAAAAUUAUUUUUUUGUUUUUUUAAUUGAAACAGCUUUAUUGAAAUAAGAUUUACAUACUACAGAAUUUAUCUCUUUUAACAUACAGUUCAAAGAUUUUUAGUAAAUUUAUUGAGUCAUGCAACCAUCACUACAACUUUAGAACGCCUCUAUCACUCCAAGAAGACCCCUCAUGCACAUUAGCAGUUACUACCCAUUUCCAACCCCAGCCCUGCACAAACGUCGGUCUACUUUCUAUCUCUAUACAUUUGUCUUUUCCGGAUGUUUCAUGUAAAUGGAAUUAUACAGUAUGGUAAACACAUUUUUUGUCUAUUAAUUUUUAUAUUCAACUAGGUUCAACAUGUAGCCGUAGCCAAAUAUUUUAAAUUUUCCUUCUGGAAGUUUGAAAAUAUUUGUCUUUUUUGAUACUUACUUCUCCUUCUGCUUUCUCUUUUUCAUACUGAAACAGUCUUUUAAAUGAUUGCAUUCAUUGAUUAACUCAUUUUUCCCUUCUAGCAGAACACCUUCCUUUUCUCUCUCAAGGCUGCAUCCUUGGAUAUUAAUGACCUUUUGUUCAUUAUCCCGUUUCUUAUGAGCACCAUCUAGUUGUUGAAGCAACAGAUUUUCAUGCUGUAGUUGAGAUAUUCUCUCCUCUACGUAAUCCCACUUUCCAAAGGAUUUACUUGGCUUAGGUCCUUUUGUAUACUUUAUAAAACCAAAACCUUUUCUCUGAGAGAAUUUCUUGUGUCAUGGAGUUUACCUUUUAGGGUAUUGAAUUUAAUUCGAGCUUCGGAAAGUUGCUCAGUGAAAAACUCAUUAUUAUCUUUUAGUUCAGAAAUAUCAGAACUCGUUUUCUUUCUUGUAAAGAAACAUCUUGUGCUGUCUGUAAAGCAAGUUCUAGAUCUCUUUUUGUUUUCACACUUUGAUCACACUCACUUAUAGCAGCAGCCAGUCUAGCAUGGAAUGGCUCAACUUCAGCUUCCAGUCUUUCCUUGUUUUGAUUUUCCUUCUGCAGUUUAGACUUGAGCAUUGCGUUCUCAGUUUUGAGGUCCUUAAGCUGUUGACCAUACUGGGAUACUGUUUUUGUUAAUGUUUUUCCAUUCAGUUUUAUAGCCUCUUGAAGGUCAUCAUUCAUUUCUUUAACAAUUUCAAUGUCCUUUUUCCCUCUCGAGGUUCCUGUUUUUUAUUGUGUAUACUUACAUACACAAUAAAGGCAAUAUCUCUCUUCAACAAGCAAUUUUGGAAAAAACAUCAGAUCUUUUUUUUUCUUAAAGUAUUUCUUCAAGCCUUCAAUUCCAUUUCUAGUGAUCGAUAGUCAGUUCAAGCUGUUCUUUUACUUCAACUUCUUUCCUAUGUUGCUGCACUUUGCUUUCUAACUCUUCCCUAAUUUUUUCAUACAACAUAUUAGCAUUUCUUCUCAUCUUCUUCUAUUAAGGUGCAUUCAAACUGUAGAGUUCUUGUUUCCAUUCUACUUUUUGAUAUUGAACUGUGACUUCAUUUCUUGUGUUUUGGAUAGCUCCUUCUUCAGUACACUAAACUCAGUUUUCGUAUUUCUUAUUGUCUAGUGUAAGUUGUUCACACAUAAUUUUUUUUAAGGUCCAAUGACUUUUCACAUGAAAGAAAUGCAUUCUGGAUUUCCAUUAGGAUACGAGAAUCAUUACAAUCCAUUCCAUAUUGCUUAAUGAGCAUCAUAAACUUCUUACAAUGAGGGUAAGGUUCCUCAUGAUCCUCUGAAGCUGUUUCAGAUGGCCGAGUUAAGUCAUCAGGUUCAUCUCUAAAUGAGUUUGCUUUUUGACCUUUUUCUUUUCAUUUGACAUUUUCUUUGCAGGCCUAGCAUACUCUUCAUUCUCCUUCCUAGGAAAUCUCUGAUGGUAAACUCUUUCUUUGUUGAAUUAAUUUAUCAUCAUCAGCAGCAGAUGUACUAUCAUAUAGGUUUUUUUGAUACUUCUUAACUUUUGUGCUUCUUUCUAGCUUCUUCAACCUGUGGCUAUUUAUUUUCACUUUCCAGCUUUCUUGUUCUUCCUCUGAUGUCACUUUUAGUUCUUGUUCUGCUUUGGAUGUUUGUUCGUUCUUCCUUUCUGUGGCUUUCUUCACAACAGAAUCUUUCAUUUCCAUGGUAGGCUUUAGGGAAGGAAGUUUUUCAGGAGGCCCUUCUCCCUUUCCAUUUACCAUAUAUUUUUUCCUUUUUUAUAUGAAGGUCCAAGUAAAGACUUUGAAACACUCUCGGGGAUACACUGCUUGGUAGUAAAAGUCAAGUCUUCAUCAUCUGGUUUAGGCCAUGAAUCAACACACAGUUUUUUUAAAAAUACUGAAUGCAGAUGCUUCAGAACUCCCAGAAUCUUUUGCACUUUCUCUUCCUUUUUCCAAACUUGCAUUCUUCUUGGAUGCUUCUUCUGGGUUGUCAUUUUGAAGACCAUUUUCAAGUUAUCUUUUUUUUUUAAUGUUGCAAAAUUUGUUGUGAGUGCUUGUCAGACCACCAGAAAUAGCAUAAUCUGCAGUCUGUUCAUACAUACUCUUGAGUAAAGACAAUAUUUUGCUGAAGAAGAAUGCUAACUAUACCUGACAAGCCAUAAUGUACAACAGGCAUGAGAGCUGUUCUUUUCAACCUAUCAACAGCAUGUACAUUUGCUUGUUUCUUCACUAAAAUUCCACCUUUUGCUGUGUUUUGCAAACUAUAGCAAGUAAAAGUGGUGUGUUUCCAUCCUUGUUCAGCACUUCAGUAUUCACAUGGUGUGAAGGCAGUUUUUCUGCCAGUAGUGUAUUCUCAUUGUAGAUAGCAUAGUGUAGUGUGUUGUUGCUGUAGACAUCCAUAAGAUCUGGAUUGGUGCCAUGUUCUAGCAGAAUGAUGACACAAAUCUCUUCUUAGCAAUGUACAGCCUUCAUCAAAGGUAUCCUGCUUCAUUUGUCACCAAUGUCAGUCUGACAUUUUCGGUUUACCUGGAGAGUGACCACUUCCACAUGGCCAUUGGCACAGGCCAAAUGUAAAGCAGUCCUGUUCAUCCACAGAUGAAGGAAUACAGAAACUCCAGGAUAUUUGCACAAUGGAAUACUCUUCAGCCAUCAAACUUUAGGACAUCACCCCACUUCCAGCAACGUGGAGAGAGAUCUGUUCAUCCACAGAUGAAGGGAUACAGAAACUGUAGUAUUCAUUCACAAUGGAAUACCCUUCAGCUGUGCACAUAUACUGAAAUCAUAUGACCUGGAGCCACACAGUUGAACCUGUUCAUACCUUGAUGAAGUGAUGACAAAACUGGAAUAUAUAUCCAGAAUGGAAUACUCUUCCACCACAGAAAUAGAUGAAAUCCUGUCAUUUGCAGUCAUGUGGAGAAACCUGUUCAUCCACAGAUGAAGGGAUAAAGAAACUGUAGUAUACAUACACAAAUGGAAUACUCUUCAUCCAGAAAAAUGUAACGAAAUUACAUCAUUUGCAGCCACACUGUUGAACCUAGAGGACAUCACGGUAAAUGACCUGUCCUGUCCACCCACAGCUGAAGGGAUAAAGAAACCACCAUACAGAUAUGCUAUGGAAUAUGCUUCAGCCAUAAAACUUUGGGAAAUCCUGUCAUCCACAGCCAUGUGGAGAAACUCAGAGGACAUUAGGUCCAAGGAAAUGAGCCUGGUAGAGGAAGUCCCACACCUUUUAAUCUCAGGCAUGGAGAUUCCAAAAACUUUAUCUCCUGUCCAUCCACAGAUGGAAGGAUCAAGAAAUUGUAAUGUAUAUGCACAAAGAAUACUCUUUGGCCAUCAAAAUAACUAAACCAUGUCAUUUGGAGCCGCUGAGGCUGCAGCUGCCUCAUCCUACACCAUGGUUGGAAGCCACUGCGGCCUCCAUCUGGGCCAAGCUCUGACCACAAUGAUGCCUCUGUCCGCACCCGGGCCUCGCGCUGACUGACAAUGCCACUGCAUCUUUUCAGUAGUCGUUGAUGAGGAAGUAUCUACAUCCUCCUUCCCACCACCAGAUUUUGCUUGGAGAAAAGCAGUUUCCGGAAAUAAUUCUGUGACGAGCUUCUUCCACAUUAGGACAAAAAUGCUGGUAACUUUUAUUAAAAAUUCCUACAGAAGCCUCCUGCUUCCCUCUCCAGCCAUAUCCCAGGAAGCGGCUCAGCCCCAGGGCAGCACAUCACAGCCGCCAUGGAACACAACCAUUCCUCUACCAUCGUGCUGGGACCAGUCUUUCCUGACCAAUAUCACCUUCUUGAAGGUUCUUCUCUGGUUGGUCCUGCUGGGACUGUUUGUGGAACUGGAAUUUGGCCUGGCAUAUUUUGUCCUGUCCUUGUUCUAUUGGAUGUACAUCGGGACACGAGGCCCUGAAGAGAAGAAAGAGGGAGAGAAGAGCGCCUACUCUGUGUUCAAUCCAGGCUGCGAAGCCAUCCAGGGCACCCUGACUGCAGAGCAGUUGGAGCGCGAGUUACAGUUGAGACCCCUGGCAGGGAGAUAGGACCCAGCUGUGCUGUCAUGCAGCUAACCCCUGAUGUGGUCUUCCUCACCAUUGGCUAUGGAUCUGAUUUCAGGUGUAUAGGACUAAGGGCAGCUUGCGGGUUAGCUCUGUGACUGCAUAGUUUUUCUACAUUCUUUCCCUGAUCUUUUGCUGCCAUUUGAUCUUUGAUAGUUUUGGUGGAAACUAUGAAUGAAACAGAAAAUACAUUCACUGUCGGUCCGAUGCAAUUUAUAAAAAUUAUGUACUCAAGAAGGGAGACUUGUUUGUUUCAUUUCUCAUCUGUUUAGGAGAUGAUUUUAGAGCACUAGAAAGGCACUGGGGAGAUUCUCAGCUUAAAACAUCCAGCAGUUUGAAGUAUGAUUAGGUACAUCAGGGCUGCAUUGUCAAUGUUCUCUUUAAGUCUUUUAACAUUUAUAGCAAUUUUUUUUUUCCCGGAGAGUUUAGGUUGCAAGUUUUGGGUUUCUUGUUUGUUUUUGUUUUGCUUCCUGCUUUAAUUCUUUCAUUUUCAGUCAUUACUGGUAUUGAAAAAUAAAAUAUCUUUAAAACAUCUCGUCUUCAGAAAUAGGUCCCUCUUCAUUGCCCAUCACCAUCUUCCACUCUCCUAUUAUUUUGCCACCACUCAGUAAAGGAAGGUAGGAAGAGACAAAGGCCUAAGUGCAGGUGUGGGGAGGGAUUUCACAAGUGGUUAUUAACGGCCAGUGCAGCAAGAAGUAUUGAGUGUGUACAAAGGGGAGGGCUGGAAGUGUAACUCCAGACCCGUUGGCUGCUUGAGUUGUUUCUUAUAUUCUAAGGCAGUAGUCCCUAACCUUUUUGGCACCAGGGACCAGUUUUGUGGAAGACAGUUUUUCCAUGGACGGGGUGGUGGUGGAGGUGGUUUCGGGAUGAAACUUCCACCUCAGAUCAUCAGGCAUUAGUCUCAUAAGGAGCACCCAACCUAGAUCCCUGGCAUGCGCCGUUCACAAUACGGUUCUAAGGGCUUUAGGGUAAGCAGCCUUUUCACCUGUGGGCCUCUAGUGAGAAAUUCUGUAAAUUGUGAUAAUCAGGCUGGAUUUUAAUGCUCCUUUUCCAGUACAAUGUUAGAGUUUGGGUUCAUUAAAAUUAGGCAAACUCCCAUUGGGUUAGGGCUUCUCUCAUUAAUUCCUUUUUGUGGCUAACCUUAUUGUGUUUCAGCCCUUGUUGAAAAUUCUUCUGGUAUGUGUUGCUCUUCCUCACAGCCCUUUGCCCGUUGGGAGUCUGGCUGUCCCUCAGAGCCAUCCGGUCAAGCAGACGGUCUGUUCUGUCUCACAGAAAAGCCUUUUCUUCCAUGAGUUCUGUCUGAACUGAACAUGUACAAAGUAUGGGAAACAGAUGAAUCCCUAUUAAACAUGAAGUUUUUACUGUAUUUAA